UUUAUUGUUAUUGUGUUUUCUACUUGCGACCACCAGACGUCAAAUCUGUGUGGAAAACUUUAAAACAAUUGCAAGUUAACUUACCUUAGUGGGUGUGUCGUGCGCCUCAACAGAAUGGCCGCCAUUGUACUGACAAGGAACAUGCAGCUGGCGAAGCACCAUGGCACCGGAGUCGUGGGUGUGCUGUGCAUGCGCGGCUAUGCCGCUGCUGCUCCAGAUGCGGAUGCGCCGCGUCCGCUAAAGACAACCAAUCCGGCUGCCAUGAAGCGCGGCACAGGUGGACGUAGCAGCUUUAAUGGAAUUGUGGCAACAGUCUUCGGUGCCACUGGCUUUUUGGGACGCUAUGUGUGCAACAAACUGGGCAAGUCCGGCAGCCAAAUGAUCUUGCCUUAUCGCGGCGAUGACUCCGAUGUUAUUCGUCUCAAAGUUUGCGGCGACUUGGGCCAGGUGCUUUUCCACUUCUAUAAUUUGGAAGAUCCACGUUCCAUACGCGAUGCUGUGAAGCACUCGAAUGUGGUCAUCAAUCUGGUCGGUCGUGACUAUGAGACCAAGAACUUUAAAUUCAAGGAUGUGCAUGUCAAUGGCGCUGCCCGCUUAGCGAGCAUUUGCCGUGAUGCCGGCGUGGAGCGUUUUAUACAUGUCUCCUCUCUCAAUGUUGAGGCUAAUCCCAAGCCACUGUACGUCAAGAACGCCAAGUGGCUGAAGAGCAAGUACGACGGUGAGCUGCAAGUGCGUGAUGCUUUCCCCAAUGCCACAAUCAUACGUCCAGCUGAUAUAUAUGGCUCCGAGGAUCGCUUCUUGCGUUACUAUGCGCACAUCUGGCGUCGCCAGUUCCGUUCCAUGCCAUUGUGGCAUAAGGGCGAGCGCACUGUUAAGCAACCGGUGUUUGUUUCGGAUGUCGCACAGGCCAUUGUCAAUGCCAUCAAGGAUCCAGAUAGUGCAGGUCGCAUCUACCAAGCUGUGGGACCUAAGCGUUAUCAGCUCAGCGAACUGGUCGACUGGUUCCAUCGUGUGAUGCGCAAGGAUCAGAAACGUUGGAGCUAUAUGCGCUACGACAUGCGUCUGGAUCCCACUUUCAUGAUGAAGGUCAAGUUAACUAGCUUAAUUUGCCCCGGAGCGCCUGUUGGUGGCUUGCAUGCAGAACGCAUUGAACGUGAAGCUAUCACUGAUAAGGUGCUGCCUGGCGUGCCCACACUGGAGGAUUUGGGUGUGCAUCUGACAGCUAUGGAGGAUCAGGUGCCUUGGGAGCUGCGCCCCUAUCGCGCUGCUCUGUACUAUGAUGCUGAGUUGGGAGAAUUUGAGGCGCCAUCACCGCCAAAAGCAAUUGAGGCGCGUGAAGAGACUCGUUUGUUUGCUAAUCCGUUGUAAAUUGGAAAUUUCUAGUGCGUUUAUCAAUUGAAAUAUUAAAGUCUAUAAAUUAAACGAAA